AAAUCGGAGGGGAGUUGAAAGUGCGCGCCGCCUGCGAGAGCCAGGUGGGCGUGGGGGCGUUUGAAACAGGAGAGGAAACGGUGGCGCGCGUGGCAUCUCUUAGUCAGGCAGCCAAGAGGGAAACCACCACGCCGAGUGUUCGAACUGGCGGCAGAGGGGUUCUGGCUGAUCUCUUAAUACGUAUGGAGUGCUCCGUGUGCUUCGAUGUCUACGACGUGGACGGGCGCCGCCCGAAGGUCCUGCCUUGCGGACACACAUUCUGCCUGCCCUGCCUGCAGAACCCCAACUUCGGCAAUGAAUGCCCUCAGGACAGGAAGGCCUUCAGGGACAACCCCAUGAACUUCCCCGACAACUUCGCGCUGCUUGCGGAGAUGCCAGCUAGGGCCGACGAGCCUUGGUGUGAGACGUGUGGUCUUCGGUUCCGCGGUGCCUGUGCCGACGCCGCCCACAGGCCUUGCAGCGUGCGCCAGAGGCGUGUUCAGCAGGAGCAGCGCCAGGCUGAUCAGCAAGUUCUCCAGGACCUGCAGCAAGGUCUUCAGACCCUGCAGCAAGGUCUUCAGGACCUGCAGCAAGGUCUUCAGGACCUGCAGCUAGGGCAUCUGGACCUGCAGCUAGGCCUUCAGGAUGUUCAGCGUGAGAUGCAGGACAUGCGGCAGACGCAAGAUCAGCUUUUGCGCAAGGUCGAGGAUCUGCAGCUGACUGGAACUGCGGCACCGCCCCCACCAUCCCUGGAAAUUGAUGUGUGGGAACUCAGCCCGAGCGAGAAAAACGACCUGCUUGUCGGUGACCGCUUGGCUCGGGUCCGAAAGCUCACAGGGCUGCACUGCUACAACGUCGAGAGGAGCAUGGCCGUGCUCAUGAAACUCAACCCGCACGUCGAGGAGCUUGGGUUGAUUGGGGCACAGCUUCCACAACUCCGCUUUGUUGAGGGCAUGACCUCUCUGCGCAAGCUGGAUCUGGAUGUCUCCUCCCUUAUUGAGCACGCCGAGUCAUACGAAAUCCCGGACUUACCUUUGCAGUUGGAGGAGCUGGAAGUGGAAGGAUUCAGUCGGAAUCUCUUCUAUUGCUUGCCCAAAUUGCCCAAGUUGCGAAGGCUGGUCCUGACGACUCCAAACUGGGACACGGUGGUUUUAACUGGUGUCGCGUGGCAGUGCGGUCUUCAGUAUCUCAACUUUACACAGCAACGAGCACCAUAUUUUCGUUGGUGCGCGCUCACGCCGCCACGCCGAAGAACUGGGAGUGCAAGUAGCGUCGGGGCCCCCGGCCCUUUUCUUCGACGGGGGACCUGCCCACCAAGCUGCAUGGGUGCGGGCUUCUCGCCCUGAGGCGUUUCACUCUGCGCCGCGACGUGUUUCCGCACUAUUCUACUUCGUGCUCGCGACAGCUGUCUGACUGCAGGGCACUUUUCGGACCAACCGUCGAGGUGCGGUGCACCGUGUGCAGCGAAGAAUAGGGGUAGCUGCGCUGUUGAAGCAAGCGUCAACAUAAACCGAAAUGGUGACAUUUUUCUACAGGCUCCCGGAUUGUGAUUUUGAUGAAGAUGAGAGGAUGGGUUUUUUAUUCAUGCUCGUGUACCGAUAUAUGCAUUUAAUUCUAUAUUGCUUUUUUUUUUCUGUCUUUUCAAUAUAAUGUUCAUUGAAAUUAUGAGUGUAUUCUAGCACAAGGAAAAGAGAUUUUCGAAGCGGAAAGAGAGUUUAUGCGCACUAGGAAAAUUGUGGUAUCCUUAUGUUAAAUUUUAAAAAAAAAA